AGAGCUUGGCUUGAGUGAUUCUUAGCUCGCCCCCUCUUUUGCCCAGUAAUUAGGUCGAGCGUUGUUUUGGGGGCGGAAACAUGGCCUCCGAAGCAGAAGAGAAAGAUGAAGAGGCUGCGACCGACGCAAUGGGCCGAAAGAUUUGGGACAAAGAUGCUUAUUUGGAAAAAGCCAAGCAGAAUAUCAUGUUUGGUCCAGAGCGCAUUGGACGAAGAAAGGACCCCGUGAUUCCACUUCCCUCCUCUCAGCGUACAUUCCUGAAGCGCAGAACGGCGGAAUUAGAGCUCGACAAGAACUUGGGCCAAAUGAAGGUCGUCACGGCUCAUACGAUCAAGCCCUUGCAGGGUGGCUACUGGUGCUCUGUGUGUGAAUGCUUGAUCAAGGAUUCCGCCUCCUAUUUGGAGCAUGUGAAUGGCCGCAGACACAACCGAAAUCUGGGGAUGAACAUGAAGGUUGAAAAAAUCGGCGUAGAUCGAAUCAAGGACAAGUUAAAGUCCUUGAAGCAGGAGACAGAGCAAGCGGAGGUGGAGGAUGUUGCUGCCAAAAUCCAAGCCCUGGAGGAACAAGAGGAGGAGAAGAAGAAGAGAAAGAAGGAGAAAAAGAAGAGAAAGCGAGCUGCUGCCGGCCUGGACGAUGACAAGGAGGAUGAGAAAGAGGAUGAAGAAAAGAAGGAUUGUGAAGAUGGAGAUGGAGAUGACGAAGAAGACGAAGAGAUGAAAAUGCUAAGAGCCAUGGGCCUUCCUGCUGGCUUUGGCUCUGCUUAAGGAGCUCCCUGGUGUCUCACCCCUGGCAGCACUUGCAGUUGGCUCGCCACGUGGCGCGCUCCUGGGAGCUGAGAGCUCCGUCCAGCUCCGGGGAGAGCGCAAGGGGGAGAGCGAGCUUUGCUCGACAAGAAGGCGGCCAUGGGAAGAAAGAUCCGUUCACCGAACGAGUUCUGCAUGCAGAUUUUCAACACUUCGCAAGCUUUUGGGUGAUACUUGUUUUCCUUGCAAACACCACUUAGAUGAUGAUAUAGCUCCUGUAGCAUGAAAUCAGGGACCGACCGACCUUGGGUGAAAACCUGUUCCUUUGACGACUGACCACUGCUCGCAGUGGCAGUGGCGCUCCCAGCCGCC